AUGAAGGCCCUCCGUCGCUCCAUCAAGGGCGAAAAGGAUAACGCCAAAAUCAGCAUCGCCCCAAAGUCCGCCGUUGCCAUCGUCCCUCCGAAGAAGGUUAUCCGAGCCCUAUACGAUUAUGAAGCCCAGUCCAACCAGGAAUUAAGCUUCUCCCGAGGCGACUUUUUCCACGUAAUCGGAAGAGAAAACGACCCCGACUGGUACGAAGCCUGCAACCCAGCCUUGCCCGACGCUCGCGGUCUCGUGCCUGUCGCGUUUUUCCAGGCUUUGGGCCGUACAGAGAGAGACAGCGGCCAGUCCGACGGUGGCGGCUUGCCCCGACCCCCAACAAUGUCACCGACUAUUUCCAAGAACCCCGACCACGAUUCCGGCUAUGCCGAAGCCGCACCGCCUCCAGGUGCCAUGCAAUCACCUCCUGCGAUGCAGCGCAUGUCCAGAUCUGCUGGCAAGGGAUCUGGCGCGAUGGUUUACGGCAUCGUAAUGUACGACUUUGUUGCAGAGCGCGCCGACGAACUGGAAGCCAAGGCUGGUGAAGCCAUCAUCGUCAUCGCGCAAUCCAACCCCGAGUGGUUCGUUGCAAAGCCUAUCGGUCGACUUGGUGGGCCAGGUCUUAUCCCCGUGUCAUUUGUCGAAAUUCGCGACAUGGCGACGGACAGCGCUGUUGGCAAUGCUUCAGACGCUAUCAAGAAGGCGGGUAUCCCCAAGGUUGAGGAAUGGAAGAAGAUGGCUGCCGACUACAAGAACAGCAGCAUUACGCUGGGCAAGUUCGAUGUCGGCGGUGCGCCACAGCAAGGUUCUCUGGAGCAAGGCAUGGAGCGCAUGAGCAUCCAGCAAGGCCAACGUCGUGGCUCCCAGCAGACCGGUAACAGUUUCCCGCAGCAACAACAGGCGAAUUACCAACAAUCACGAACUUCCCAACAGGCGGCAUCGCAGCCGACUACCCCCUACACCAAAUCCGCCGACCAGCUGUAUGCCCCGAUCUCAGCCCGCAUCCCCAGAUAUUGCUUUGCCGAGGACAAGUAUUGGUUUGUCAUCGAGGCUGUGCUGGAGGAUGGCCGUCACUGGGAGCUCUCUCGAUACUACGAGGACUUUUACGACUUCCAAAUCGCGCUCCUCACCGAGUUUCCCGCAGAGGCAGGCAACACAGGAACGCAAAAGCGCACCUUGCCGUACAUGCCGGGGCCCGUCAACUACGUUACUGAUGCCAUUACCGAGGGUCGCCUACACAAUCUGGACGCCUACGUUAAGAACCUCCUCGCACAACCUGCGUAUAUCGCCAGGUGCCCCCUCGUCAGACAGUUUUUCGCUCCUAGAGAGGGCGACUACGAAAUCGACCCCAACGCACCGAACGAAGAUGAGUACAGACUAUCGGGCGGCUCCCAGCCAUCGUCAACGGAUUCGCCGGCGGACGGUGCGUCGCGACAAUCGUCGAGGAAUAACCUGAACGGAAACGGCUACGCGGGGCUUUCCGCAGCGCCACAGCAAAGAUCUAUGGGCCAGCCAGGCAUGACUCGGCAGCCAUCAUCGCUGUCCCAAUCCCAGCCAUCUGUCUCACCUGGUAUUGCCCAAGCCCAGGCCAUGAAGAUUAAGCUUUACUUCAACGGUGACCUCAUCGCCAUCCGAGUGCCGAAUGACAUCUCGUUCCAGCAGCUCUACGACAAGAUCUCAGACAGACUCAAGAUUCCUGUUGGAGAAGAGAUCCAACUCUUUUACAAGGACGACCGAACUGGAGAAAAGCCGAAUCUCAUGAGCGACAACGAUCUCGACACUGCUCUGGACCGUAACGACAAGCUCUUGCUAUACAUUGAGCAAGUAUGA